AGCAGGUGGGUAACCUUUUUUAUUUUUAGAACAAAUAAACUUUUUGUGUGUUUAAAAUAUUUGUCACCCUUAGCUGGUAAAGUUUGAAUUUCUAUAAAUUAAAUGAAAAAUUAUAUAAACCCAAAAAGGAAGAAAAAAAAAAGACACAGAAGGGGGAGAGAGAAGAUAUCGGUCCAAAGACUCCUUUCAAAAUCUCUCUUUCAUAUUUUGUUGGUCUAAAUCUCUCUCACGCACGUCCCCCAUUUCUUCUUCUUCCGAUCGAAUCCCAAAACCAAGUUUGAAUAAGCCUUUAUUUCACAUCUUGACUUUAUUGGUGAAGUUCUGUAGCUCUUAAUAACUGAGGGCUAUGCAGUCAACGAGUUGUUGCUGCUCCUCAACGUGAAUAAGGAGAUUAAAAGACACAACUUUUCUUUAUAAGAUUGCAGCUUUUUUUCAGACAUGUCAAGUUUUGAAUGCAGUGGUUAUGAUAUCUUAACUUGUUCUGUUCAUCUCGCUGAGUGGCAUCCUUUGGAAUAGCUAAACUUCAUCUAAACCCCUUUUCUUGCUGGGGUUCUUCAGUUAAUUUCAGCGUUUUAUAUUUUUAACCAUACUUUUGAAGAAACAGAUAUUGUUUUUGUUUUUGUUUUUGGGGGAGGAGUUGGAUCAUGUUUCGUGAUAAUUUUUUGUUUGCCCGUACCAUGGGUUGCUUUGGAUGCUUUGGUACUUCUUCAACUAGAACCCGACAGUCUCCUGAGGCCUACGAGGAUGAUGCGUAUUCGUACUCAUGUGAUAGUGAUGUAACUAGCAUGGUGAGAGGAGAAGAUGAGGAAGAUGAUGAAGAAGUUGAGCAGAAGAGCCGUUCUCAGCGGUCUGAGGAAAUUUUGAAAUAUAGAUUAGAUAAUGGAUUGAUCUGCAGGCAAGUUCCUGUGAAAGAAACUAAUGAACUUAUCCGUGGAGAGGAUGAAAAUGGGAACAAGAUGAUCAAUGAGUAUGUCCGUGUCUGUAAAAUUGGAUCCGGUAGCUAUGGUAAAGUGGUUCUAUAUCGAAGCACCGUAGAUGGCCAGCAUUAUGCUAUCAAAGCGUUUCACAAGUCGCAUUUAAUAAGGCUAAGGGUUGCACCUUCAGAGACUGCUAUGAGUGAUGUUCUUCGUGAGGUUAUGAUAAUGAAAAUUUUGGAGCAUCCUAACAUUGUCAAUCUCAUUGAGGUGAUAGAUGAUCCAGAAACCGAUCAUUUUUACAUGGUUCUCGAAUACAUUGAUGGAAAAUGGGUUUACGACGAUUCUGGACCGCCCGGUGCUCUCGGGGAGAAAACUGCUAGAAAGUACUUGCGGGAUAUAGUUGCUGGCCUGAUGUACCUUCAUGCUCAUAAUGUAAUUCACGGGGACAUUAAACCAGACAAUCUGCUUGUUACUAGUAGCGGUACAGUGAAGAUAGGAGAUUUCAGUGUCAGCCAAGUAUUCAAGGAUGAUGAUGAUCAACUGCGUCGAUCUCCGGGGACUCCAGUCUUCACUGCUCCAGAAUGUUGUUUAGUGUCAGGUAUAACGUAUAGUGGAAGAGCUGCGGAUACAUGGGCAGUGGGAGUAACUUUGUAUCAUAUGAUAUUGGGACAAUAUCCGUUUCUUGCUGAUACUCUUCAGGAUACGUACGACAAGAUUGUUAACAACCCUUUGAGCAUCCCGGAUGGAUUGAAUCCUCUUCUAAGAGAUUUGAUCGAAGGUCUACUUUGCAAGAAUCCGAGUGAGAGAAUGACACUGAAGAAUGUGUUGGAGCAUCCAUGGGUCAUGGAAGAAGAAGGGCAUAUCCCUGAGUAUAUUUGUUGCUGUAAACGACGUGAUUCUGCCUUAAAGAUUGAGCAAGAAGAAGAAGAAGGUAAUGGGAUCUCUGACAUCUCAGAUUCUAGCUGAAGACUUUGGAAGAAAAAGAAAAAAAAAAGAUGCAGAGAAUGUUAACAACAGGCUAUCGCAUCUCCUUGCCCCGUAAAACUUUGCGGUCUUUGUUUUUCUUUUCUGUAAUAUACUAUAGAUGAUUGGCAGGUUCUUGUUAUGUUGUUGUUUUAUACUAAAGUUUUAAAAUGAAUUAAGAGUGAUGUUGAUUUUUGUAAGGCUCUGAAUUUUUGUUUUCGUGGACGGGUUUGAUAUAAAAAUAUACAAAGAUUCAUUUCA